CUUGUUUCUCUAAGUGUCAAAUAUAUUGAAACAAACUCAAUUUUCCAAAAAUUAUUAAGUGGGACCGUAGGAGUAAUAUUGUUAAUGAAAAGCCACACUUCAAGUUUGAAGCAACUAGCUAGUUCACAAUACUAUACUUAAACACCCUCAUUCAUAGUAAUGAAGUCUUAGUUAUUUGUGUAGGUUUCAAGGGCCUCAUCUUUCUAUUCUUGCAAUACUCACUUUUCAAAAUGUGUAGGGGAACAAUUCUGCUGACAUAUUUCACAAUACCAUACUUGAUCCUCCUUAUAUUUCUGCAGAUUUCUCAAACAUGCAAUGCUAGGAAGAGUAAAAACAACUGUUCCCCUUCUGCUUGUGGUAGUAUCCGUAACAUAAGCUACCCUUUUUACUUAAAGACAGAAUAUUGCGGAAAUCCAGAAAUUGAAUUAGCUUGUGAAGGUAACCAAACGGUUAUAUCGGUAUUCUCCAAGAAGUUGCAAUCGGUAUUCUCCAAGAAGUUGCACGUUCAAGCUAUCGACUAUGAUAAUCAGACAAUUCGCCUGGUAGAUCCAACUUUACAAUCACAAGAUCUAUGCUCUCUAAUACCUUCUCGGCUUAUCUUUAACCAAUACGAUGGUGUCUCCUUUUCCGAUAUGUCAGAGCGCAUUUUCAUGCUCAACUGUCCAUCUGCUAUUAAUACAACUUCGACAUAUCUGGAAAUUACUGCCUGUGAAUUAAGCAGACACACUUAUUUAAAGACGGGUGAAAUGAUUGCAUCGGAAGUGAGUGAUGGAUGCAGAGUGGAAAUUAUAGCCACGACCUCUUGGCCUAAUAUUAAAGAUGACAACAACAUUUCCCUAUCUGAUUUUCAUCAAGCUAUCAUCUACGGGUUUGAGCUUUAUUAUUAUCCAGCAAUACGACUUGGACGACCAUGGCGUAAGGACUACAUGUUUGUUUACUUCUUCAAUUAUUUUUUAUUAUAUAUAUGCUUCAGUAACAAUCUCAAACGUGCAGUGUAUUCGGGAGCAAAAUUUGUAAUCGGCCUUCCAUUCAUAAUUGCAUUUUUGGUGUUCAAAUUCAAAAGGAGGCAUUUAUCAAUGUACGAUACGAUUGAAGGCUUUUUGCAAACACAAAAUAAUUUCAUGCCAAUCAGAUAUAAUUACUCCAACAUAAAGAGAAUGACCAGAGGGUUCAAAGAAAAAUUAGGCGAGGGAGGCUAUGGCAGUGUAUAUAAAGGAAAGCUUCGAAGUGGAAGAGAUGUAGCAGUGAAGAUGUUGAGCAAGCCUAAAACUGGUGGUCAAGAUUUCAUGAAUGAAGUAGCUACCAUUGGAAGGAUUCAUCAUGUCAAUGUGGUCGGACUCGUAGGAUAUUGUGUUGAGAGAACAAAGCGUGCUCUUGUAUACGACUUCAUGCCCAAUGGAUCACUUGAUAAGUACAUUAGUCAAGAAGGAAGUCCUCUGUUAAGUUGGCAGAGGCAGUAUGACAUUGUUCUUGGAGUGGCUCGAGGAAUCGAAUAUUUGCAUCGAGGCUGUGACGUACGAAUUUUGCACUUUGACAUCAAGCCACACAACAUUCUUCUGGAUGAGAAUUUCAUUCCAAAGAUUUCUGACUUUGGGCUUGCGAAAUUAUAUCCAACAGAUAAUAGCAUUGUGACUCUCACAGCUGCUCGUGGAACGAUUGGAUAUGUAGCUCCUGAGUUGAUUAGUAGGAGCAUUGGAGCAAUCUCUUAUAAAGCUGAUGUUUAUAGUUUUGGAAUGCUGCUAAUGGAAAUGCUUGACUUGAAAAGAAAUGUAGUUGCAAAUGAAGACAAUUCUAGCCAGUAUUUUCCUUCUUGGGUUUAUGAUAAGUUGAACAAGGGCAAGGAGAUAGUGGUGGAUGAAGAAACAAAUGAUGAUGAAAAGAAGAUGGCUAGAAAGAUGACUUUAGUUGCGUUAUGGUGCAUACAAACAAAUCCGGUACAACGCCCUUCAAUGAGUAAAGUAGUAGAAAUGCUUGAAGGUGAAGUUGAAGUGCUAGAAGUACCUCCUCAGCCUCUUCAAUCUCAACCAAUUGCUCCGUUUCAUCAGAUGGAAAGUUCCACGACGUUUUCGUCUGAUUCAAUGGCUUUGUUAGAAAAUUCUGUUGAUAAUCUCAUUGAAUUAGAUAUAUGUCAUGAUUGAUUCACAGUUGAUGUAAUGUUUAUGUGAGAUGACAAAUAUAGCCGACCCGACGUGUUUCGGAACUGAGGCAUUAUCAUUACUGUUUUACUAGUUAUGCAAAGGGCAGUUGCAGUGAAUGACUGUCCACUUUAUCACAUAGAAA